UGGUAAAGUGUCUUCACUGGCUCAAAUUAUGCUUAAACUUUUCCAGCAGUCUUCCCAAAACUAAUUUUCGCUGUUUUUUGCAGCCGAUUUAAGUGUUUGUUAUUGUUUUAUUUAUUAAAGAAACUCGGUAAAAGAACGCCCAAUAGUUAGUAGUGAAUGUUAUAUGUGAUUGUGGGAAUGUGUCUUGAAAAUGUCCCGUCCUUGGCUUAAAUGGGAGGCUGCGGUACCUUUGGGAAAAUAAAAGGCAACGGCAGCGCAAUUUGGAAAAGCCGCAGAGGAAAAGUAACUGCCCCACUGCGACAGGUGCAACCUCGCACACACUCACAUAAGCAAGCGCACCUUUGUGUUCUAGCCAUCCGAAAACAAAACAACAACAACAAUGGCUGGCACGGCAACCGCGACGCCAAUGGAAAUUGAUGAAUUCAUAAAUGGAGCACUCGUUUCUUGGCUGGAAUCAUGCCUGCCACGUGCCGAGCUCCUGGCCGGCUACACCUCCUUGCUGGAUGGCCACAUUAUCCACAGUGUUUGGCUGCAGAUCGAUCCCGAGCCCCAGAACAAUCCCAGCGAACUGAACGACUUGAAUGGCAAAUCCUUGAACAUCGCUCGUGCCAAGAACUUUGAGUGCAUUGUUAGGAAUCUCAAGUCCCUAUUCGAGGAGGAAUUGGGACAGACGAUACUGGUGCUUCCAGAUGUCUUCAUUUUGGGCCACCAUCCGGAAAGCAAGUCCGGGCUGGAGCAAAUGAAGACCCUACUGACUUUACUGCUUGGAGCUGCGGUGCAAUGUCCCAAUAAGGAAUUGUUCAUAGCACGGAUUAAGGAGCUCGACUUGGAGACCCAGCACGCCAUUGUGGCGCUGAUCAAGCAGGUCACGGAUAGCCACAGUCUGGUGCUCACCGAGGACUCCCUGGAAAGACUAACACCGCAGAGCAUGUUUACGCACAUUAUUCGCUUGACGAAGGAGCGGGAUCACAUGUACCUUAAGUGGAUCGACUUGGCCUGCGUGGAGCCCGAAAUUGCGGUCAACGACAACCUGGUGGAGUGCGGCCAAGGAGUAAGCAUGCCCCGCUCCCCGUCCAAUGGAACUGCCACAUCCACACCCUCAUCCUCGUCGAAUUCGGAGAGCAAUCACUUGGCAGUAGAAUGCGCAGACCUCAGGUCCAAGAAUCGCAAGCUGCGACAGGAGCUCGAAGAAAAGUCGGAAAACCUCUUGGAGCUGCGAGAGGAGUUGGAUGACAAAAAGGCGCGUUUCGACAAACUUCGCCAGGAGAGCCAGGAAUGGUUUACGGAGGCCAAGCGGGCCGCUGCCUACCGCGAUGAGGUGGACAUCCUGCGCGAAAGGGCGGAGCGUGCCGAUCGCUUGGAAAUCGAAGUUCAAAAAUAUCGCGAAAAGCUUGGUGACUCUGACUUUUACAAGUCUCGCGUUGAAGAACUAAGGGAGGAUAAUCGAGUCCUGUUGGAAUCGAAAGAAAUGCUUGAGGAACAAUUGCAACGCUAUCGCAAGCGAUCGGAACAUGCUAUUUCCCUGGAGUCCGAAAUCAUCAAAUACAAGCAAAAACUCAAUGACAUGGCUCUGGAACGGGACGUGGAUCGUUCCAAGCUAGAGGAGCUGUUGGAAGAGAACGCACAGUUGCAGCUGGUGGCGAAGAACCUGAAUACCACACAGGAGCUGGAUAAAUCAUUUUCCGAAAACGAAGACGACUGCAACUCUGGGGAUAACAGCCUUUCAGAGCAGCUAACUAACAAUGCUCAGACGAGAGCUCUUAAACUGGAGCUCGAGAACCGACGUUUAACGGCAGCUUUAGAGCAGCUAAAGGAAAGCAGUUUCCACGAAUCCACCAGCAAGAUGCUAGAGUUGGAGAAGGAGAAGAAAAAGCUUUCACUGAAGAUCGAGCAGAUGCAGGAAAACAUUCAGAGAUUGACCCAGCAGAAUACGGAGCUGGAGGGGGUGUUCAAAAAUGCCUUGGAGGAGAACAAGAAACUUCAAGAUGCCGUCGACAGUCGCCAAAAGAGCUAUGACCGCCAGAGUUUGGAGCGCGAUGCCGAUCGCCAGAAAUUGGCCGACGCGGAAGAACACGUUGAGACUCUCAAUAAAGAGAAGCAGCGGAUCCAAACGCUCAACGAAAGCAUUCAGAGGCGGGCUGAUGAUUUGGAGCGGCUUGCCGAGAGCAAAACCAGAGAACUGGAGCAGUACUCCGAGAAAUGCAAGCACUACGAACAGACCAAGCAAAAGCUCUACGAAAUCGAGACUAAGGUGUCCGCCUACGAGCGCGAAAACGCCAGCUUGCUAAAGGAGGUUUCCAAGCUCAAGGAGGGCAGUGAGGAAAAAUCUGUGCAGCUAGACGAAAGUGUCAACAAACUGGAUAUUCAAACGAAAGAACUCUUACGCCUUGGAAAAGCGCUUGAAGAAGCGGAUCAGGUGCAGCAGAAGCUAGUGGAGCUCGAGAAGCUAAACCAGGAACUGACUUCCCAGCGGAACAUUGACCAGGAGAUGAUCAGCACACUGCGCAAUGACCUGGUAACCGGAACACUGGUCACAAAGAAGGUUCGCCACAACCUGGAGAAACUGGGGCUUGCCGACGGUGAGUCCGGCGAGCUGAAUGUGGAGCAUGUGGUGGAGAAGCUAGUGCGCAACCCGGAAACCUUCAAAACAGUCCGGGAUAUAAUGCUAAACGUUUCUCGGGAACAGCGCGAAGAGGACGAACAUGAAGGAGACGUCAAAUCUGACAUGUGUGUUCUUUGCCACCGCCAGGAGAUCUUCACGGUGGAAAAGAACAUCGAAUUGGCGGCGUCAACUACGCAACCAUCUUCGCAGGAACUGCGUUUUGAACACAAACUGCGCCUGAGUCCCGCAAGGGAUUCCGCAGAGCUAAGUCGUCUGAAGGACUCCAAUUCCCAACUUCAAACGGAAAAUGCCCGUCUCAGUGUGGAUGUGGCGGCGUUGGGAUCACAGAUUACGUCGCUGAAUACCCAGCAUGUAGCCUUGCAGUUGGCCAACUCACAAUUAGCCGCCGAGAAGGACAGUCUGUUGAAGGAAAUCGACUCGCUGCAGCAGGAACACAAGCAUGCACUUCAGGAUCAGGUUACGCUGCAAUGCCUACACGAUCAGCUAAACGCGGAGUAUGAAUCUCUGAACAAGGACAAAGAACAACUGAAGGCUGCCGUCAGGGACUUGCGGCAGGAACUGCGGGACACCCGCGAACAGCAGACUGCACUGGAACAGCGCAUCGAAGAGCUGACCACUCAGAACACAAAUAUGAAGACCUGCAGCGAGGACUUGUCCAUCCUGCGUACCGAGCACUCAAAGCUAACCGAUGACUUCCGCAACCUCUUUGCCACUAGCGAUCGUUUCAAGAACGAGUACAAGAACAUCCAGGAACAGUACAAAAUGAUACGAAUGGAGCACUCCAGCCUCAAGCUGCAAAACACUGAGCUAUCCGGCGAGCUGAACACCAAGAGCGAUCAAGUGCGUCACCUGCAAAUGGAGUACACCAAGGUCCAACAGCGCUGUGAGAUGUUGAUUCAAAACAAUGCUGACCUGGAUUCUGAGCGCAAAGCCCUAAUGGACAAUGUGUCGCAACUCCUAUCUCAGUAUCAGGAGCUCUUGGCCAUUUCCCUGGAGGACAAAAAGCACUUCCACGAAGAGGAGAAGAACUACACCGAGAGGGUCCACAGCCUGAAGCGGCAGAAAGAAAAACUGGAAGAGAAGAUCAUGGAGCACUAUAAAAAAUCUGAAACUACAGUGCAUAAGAAAAAACCCUUCGCCAGCAGUCUGGUGCGUCGUGUCAAGAAGGCCAGUUCCGAUUUGAUGAACAAAGUUCCCAGCCGCAAUCGACGCUCUUGGGUAGAUGAUGCCCGUACGAAUUCCCAGUUUGUGAUUGGGUCUGAAUCGGGGGGCAAUGAAUCGGACAACAGCAACGAGGAGCCCCUCUCCAUCGCCUCCGACACUCACCUUUUACAACGAAAUGUUCCUCUACGACAGAGUCUGCAACGGGAUGUGCUCGAUAACUCGAUCCAACGCGGUGGCCCAGUCCGCAGCAGCCUGCAGGCGCUGAAACGUACUGAUUUGAAUAAUUCACGUAGAAAUAGCGUGCACGGCAGUCUGGAAGCGCCAGACGUGACGGGCAGCAGCCUGACGCUCGGCACUGCCGGUUCCCGACGCACUGUUUAUCUUAUCGACGAACACCAAAAACUGCCCGACGGCUCCAGUCCCGGUUCCAGUGCCGCCCAGCCGCAGUCUGGGGGUUCUAGCAAUGCGGCAACCACCACACCCGCCGAACCCCAAACACCGCAGAAGAAUGCCGAUAAUAGCGGGGGUCCUGCCACGUUUCUUAUGUACAAUCGGAUCAACACAACGAUCGGAGGAGCGUCAACCACCAGUGACCAGAGCCCACUGCUGCAGGCCAGCGGCAGCGUCUCUGGAACACCGGUGCCGGAUGAUAAAGCUGCGAGAAAACGGACCGAGGACAAGAGCAAUAGCAUCUGGUAUGAAUACGGCUGCGUCUAAACAUGAAAUCCAACAGUAUACGUCCACAACAUAAACUUGAAUUUAAUGCAUUUGCUGACGAAGUAUUAUUUCGUUUUAGAAAUUAACGAAUUUAUUUUUAAACGCAUUAGAACAUCGAUGUUGCCUUAAGAUAGUAAUAUCCAUAAGUGUAAAGUGCUGCUUAAACUGCUAUGAUUUGCCUUAAGACAUGUUUUACAAUUAGACUGUAGUUAUAACCUAUUUAUGCGAUCGUAUCGAAUCCAGAAGACUACGCGACUACUAAGCGAACUACUCUCAUAACUAUCCAGUAUACACCCACUAUAUACACAACAAAUGUACUAUUUAUACCGAUGCCUCAAUGUUGCGUCCAAAGCGUUAGGCUUUCCUUUUUUUAUUAGUUAUAAUGAAGAAUAUUGUUUAGGUACUGCAAACUGGACUCGAAUCUAUGAAUUCCUAUAUACCACACUCGUACUCUGCUAGCAGCUAACACAUGCGCCUUCAAUUUGUGAAUAUAUUUUUAAAAAUUACCUGUAGCCUUGUACUAUUUAUUGACGCCACGCCUAAUACCGCAAUAAACGUAAGCAAACAUACGAAACUA